AUGGCGGGCAGCGGUCGCCCCGAGGGGUACCGCGAGGGGCGCGCGUGGAAGGCGCGCGUACUGUCCACCACUGCCACUGGAGCUGUGUUGGGAAUGGCGGGAGGCAUGGUGGCAGCAGCAGUGGGGACAGCACCGCCAGCAGCAGCGAUCGCUCCCUCCUUCACCUCCACUGCACCCCUCCACCUCUCAUCGAUCUUCUCACACCCCUCAGACGUGCGCAUCUCGAGUCGACUCAAAAAUGAGGUGACUUUUGAGUCGACUCAUCAAUUUCGGGAAGACGCAGUGAGGGAGGCUCGCUCUUACCAUAGACCCCUCCUCUCUCCCUUCCUCGUACCUCUCUGCUCCCCCUGCCGCCCCCCUGUCUGUCUACCUCCCUGUCUUCCCAUCGGGUCUGGAGGAGGCAGUGAGGGAGGUCUGGAGGAGGUAGUGAGGGAGGUGCGAUACUCUCUGGCCUCUGACCCCACCAACGGGCUGCUGGGGGGCGCUCUGGCUGGAGCUCUCUUUGGGCGGCUGCGAGGCAGCCGAGACAUCGCCAUCCGGGCAGCUGUAAUGUUUGGCCUGGCCGGGGCAGGGCACCGGGCAGCCAUGGAAAGUUUCAAGGAGUGGCGCAUUCAGCAGCUCCUGGCUGCCCGCGUGGCUGAACACACUGCCGAUCCUCAUGCCUCCCAUGCAGACGCGGCAGCAGACACAGGUGCAGCCACUACAGCAUCGUCCCCACCAGAAGCCACUGCAGCCCACCUCUCGCAGUCACCAGCAGCAGCAGCAGCAGCAGCAGCAGCAGCAGCUGGAGCCCAGGCAGGGGCACUGCAAGGGAAGGAGCAGGGCGUGGGGGAGCGGGGCGUGGGGGAGCGGGGCGUGGGGGAGCGGGGCGAGCAGGCAGGGGUGAAGGCGGGAGGGCGGUGGGAGUGGCCAGAGUGGCUUCCUGUGAGGCGGCUAGGUGAGGAGGAGGUGAAGCAGCGGCAAGAGGAGUUCAGACAGAGAGUGGCAGCAGCACAGCGGCUGGAAAUGGCUGGUUCAGGGAGGGAGGGAGGCCUGGGAGGUGCAGGCGUGGGGGAGAAGGGGGCAUGA